AUGGCAGAAUUUGCGGAGAAGCGUUGCGAGGAUAUGAUUCCCGAGCUGGAACAGAUGGAAAGGAUCAAACUCUUCGAUAAAAAUGAGAUUCGGGCUAUUGCCAAGAAACUGAAGGAGUUUGAGUACAAAAUUCAGCGUCACACAAAGUGUAAAGAGGACUAUGUAGAAUAUAUACAUUAUGAAAUGGAUCUCCUGAAAUUGAUUAAACAGCGAAGGGAUAAAUAUGGCAUCACUCAAAAGAAGUCAGACAUUGAUUUUGCUAUAGCAAACAAAAUGAAUAAUUUAUACAAAGAUGCAAUAUUCAAAUUUCAAGAUAUCAGAUUUUGGAUUGCCUAUAUAAAAUUUUGCAAACAUGUACAUUUUCACAGCAACAUCAGUCAUAUGAUAGGCAGAAUGCUGCAAGUGCACAGAGACGAACCAAAAUGCUGGCAAGUAGCAGCAUGUUGGGAGCUAGAGGAGAAUAACAACAAACAGAAUGCUCGGCAAUUUCUUCUCAGAGGAUUACAUAUCCAUCCGGAUUCACAAUUGUUGUACAUUGAAGCUUUUAGACUCGAACUGAAUGACCAUAUAUCUGUGUCUAACAAUGCCGAAAAUGCUGAGAAUCAAGAGGACAAUUCAGCAUCGACGGUUGAUGACAAUGAGAUGCCAUUGGCAUUGAAGAGAGCAUAUGUGAUAUAUCAGCAGGCUGUUGAGCGUGUUAAUGACAUAAAAUUCAUAAUUGAGCUACUCAAAAUCACUGAAAAAUAUAACAACACAGAGAAAUUGCAGAAGAAAAUUAUUAGCGAUAUGAUUCGAGAGUACGCUCACGAAGCUUUGAUGUGGGACAAGAUGGCUGAUCGUGAGUUGCAAGGUCUAGUGCAGCCAGGUCUUACCGACACGCCGAUGGAGCUGGACAAUACCGAGCAAGCCUCGCUGAGGGAUCGUAUCACCUCUUGCAACAAGGUUUAUCAAACGGCCGUGAAGAAAAUUAAGACUGAGGAGAUGUGGUCACUCUAUAUAAAACGCUUACUGGACAUCAAUAAAGAUCUGCAAUCGUUGCCUAAUUUCAAAAGAAAACUGCUGAGGACCGCCUUGGCGCAAGCUCACCAGGCGAAGAAACUGAAGGAAGAAUAUUAUUCAGAUUGGAUUAAAAUGUUGAGCGCCGAAACAGGAGACGAGAACGCGCAGAAAAGACUGAAUCAAGUUCUGUGUGGAGCGACUGACGCCGUGCCGAAUAGCGUGAAUCUUUGGCAAGAGCGGAUGAGACAUUUGUUGCUUUCGGGACAGGAACAAGAAGCGGCUGCGAUAUAUCCGAAGGCGACAGAAAUAUUGGGUGAGAAAGCGCUGCCUCUAUGGAGAAUGCGGAUUCUGCACGUGCAAACGAAAAACUCGGAGAAGACGGAAGAGGCAUUCCAAGCCGCUUUGCACGCGCAUCCGCUCAUCGCCAGGGAUAUAAAGCCCACUUACAUCGAGUGGCUCGUCUUAACAAAAAGCAUCCGCGCGGCUCGCAAGGCAUACGACGGCUUGUGCCUGCAGCCGCCCUUCUCGUUGAAGUUCCACAAAAAAAUGGCGUCGCUCGAGCUCAUGCAGCCCGACGUGUCGCUGAAGUACGCGCGGCGGCCUCACGAGCUGGCGACGCACCAGUUCGGCAGUAACGACACGUCCGUCUGGAUAGACUACAUCAAGUUCGAGAUGAAAUACGGCGACCCGAAGAAAGUCGGCGAGAUACACGCGAGGGCGGUGAAGAACCUCGAACGCAGUUUGACGUACUCUUUCAUCGCGGAUUACGCUCAAAUCACGACCAACCCCGACUCUGUGAAAUGAACAGCUGAUCUUGAAGUCGCACGCGGUGUGCGACACCGUACGACCGCACCGUACAGCAUAUCGUACCGAAGACGGAAACUAACUAAAGCUGUACGUCGGUCUUGACGUUUACGAGAUGUGCGACGUGUCGAGACGAAACGAAACGAAGUGAAUGAUGGGUUGCAUGUAGAAAAUCAAAACUCAGGGCGAUCCUUGUGAUCCUUGUAAUAUCUGCCAUGCUGGAUGACGCGACACCACGCGCUGAAUUUAGGAUUCCAGCGGGAUCUCCUCCUCCAUGCGCGUUAACACAAUGUUACGGUCGGUCUCGCCCGGCAAGCGCGCUCUGUCGCCAGUCUUCAGUAUUGCUCGUGAGUCUAAGCACAUGACAUCGACGUUGAGGGAGUGCUGCUUGUCAUCCAGGUCGUGCUCGAUCCGCGUCAGCAAGGACUCCAAGCCGUUGUAGCUCGCUCUGGAAGCGGAGAACGAAAUCGCCCGUCAAGUUCGCCAAGUUGAGAAGCAUUAGACGUGCCACUGAGAGUGGCGGAUGAACGCAGAAUGCGACGAAUGGACGGUCAUUGUAACGUUAUUACGUACUUUGCACUCUCGAUGGCUCCGGUCAAAUCUUUCUCGGUCUGUUUCAAUUGCAGAACCUCACCCCACAGACCCGUCUCAACCUCGUCCUUGCAGAGCUCGUAGCCGGGCCGGUGAGUGCGAUUUUCCAAACGCGUCUGUGCGCACUUCAUCACGUCCAUUUUGCUCACUAACGCUCCCUCCAACCGAGUUAUCUCCUUCUUCAACGUCUCCAUCUCCUCCCACACCUAGCCAGGUCGAGGGACUAUAUAGGUGAGGACGAAUCUCUUUUCUGUUGUAUAUUUAACGCUAGUUCUCUAAUUAUAUAGUUUUAUUUAUAUUUUAAUAUGUUGUGCUUUGUCGCCUCUCAUCGCAUCUAUCGAAAUAAAAGCGAAAAUACGACCGAUA